CGCGCGAACGUUCAUGUUACGUUUAUGUGCAGUGUAUAAUUCAGAUUAUAAUUUUUAUACUUGGAAUCCUUCAACAAAGAAGGCAUCCUAUUAUUUGAAAUGAAACUUGUACAGUUUUUAAUGAAACUUAGUCAUGAAACAGUGACCAUAGAGUUAAAGAAUGGCACGGUUAUACACGGUACAAUUGCAGGUGUUGACAUGAGUAUGAACACUCACUUGAAAACUGUUAAAAUGACAAUCAAAAACAAAGAUCCAGUUCAACUAGACAGUUUAAGCAUUCGUGGUAACAAUAUACGUUAUUAUAUCUUGCCUGAGAGUCUACCGCUUGACACAUUAUUGGUUGAGGAGCCACCACGAGCCAAAGGAAGGAAACGUGAAGCCAUGGCAUUAGGUCGUGGCCGAGGACGAGGUAGAGGACGGGGAAGAGGAGGUCCUAGAGGAAGAGGUCGUGGACGUAGAUAGGAUGUGGAGUAAAAACAGUAGUAUUGUUAAAUAUUCAUAAAUGUUCCACUGUACACAAUGACUCAACCCAAAAACAUAGCAUUUUGCAACAACAACAUGAAAGGACCUAGGACAUUUUGUUUUUGUGUAAUAUAUCAGGUUCAACUUAAACUUUUCAUACACUGAAUAGGUUGACAUUGUGAUGUAGAAACUAAUUCAGUGUGUUUUUAUUAUAAUAUUUUCUGUUUAUUUCAUUGUGAGAAGAUCUCUGUCAGUGUAUUAUUAAAAUAAUUUUCAUAGUGCAACAUAAAA